AUGGCCGAGCCCAACAAUACACCCUGGCCCCCAGCAACACCACAAUCUCAAUCCCCUCUCUCCGCGUCGCCUGUCCUCCGCCCCCAUCCUGGCGGUCAAGUAGAACCCAAAACGGCAGCAUCGCAAGCAUCAGCAGCAACGAAAAACGGCACGCAUAAGCUCCGCGUCCUACACAUCGGCGACCCGAUCAAGUACAACCCGGAAACCUACGCCGCCUUUUCCGCGCAAUGCGACAUCAUCCGCCCCUCGACGCCCGAACGACAGCGCCCCGCAUUCGCUGCCGCAUUACGGGACGGCAAGUGGGGCGACUUUUCCGCCAUCUUCCGGCCGUUCUGGGGCACGGGCGGCGAGAUGGGUACGUGGGACGCCGAGCUGAUUCCGCUGCUGCCGGCGAGCUGUCGGGUUUUUGCGAGUGCCGGUGCCGGGUUCGAUUGGGCUGACACGCAACUUCUCGGUGAACGAGGCAUCAUCUAUUGCAACUCAGGCCUCGCCGCCGCCGAAGCAGUAGCAGACUUUGCCGUCGCUCUUGUCGUCUCAACCUUCCGCCAUCUCCCCUGGUGCACGGCAUCCGCCCCAGACCCGUCCGCCUUCCAAGACUGCCACGCUCGCGCCACGGCCGCCUCGCACACCCUUCGCGGCCACGUCCUCGGCCUCGUGGGCAUGGGUAACAUCGGCCAGCAGAUCGCGCAGCGUCUCGGCGUCGGUUUUGGUAUGAAAGUACACUACUUUGACGUCGUCCGCAAAGACCCAAUCACCGUGGAAGCCAAGUUUGGCGCGACGUUUCACGAGACCAUGGAGAGCUUGAUGCGCGUCUCGGAUUGUGUUGUGCUGUGCACACCUGCUGGUGGUAAGGUUAUCACUGCUGAGUCAUUGGCUUGGAUCAAGCCUGGGUCGAGGUUUGUGAAUAUCGCAAGGGGUAGCUUGGUUGACGAGGAGGCUUUGGCGGAUGCGUUGGAGUCUGGGCAGAUUGGGACUGUUGCGUUGGAUGUGCAUGCUGAUGAGCCGAGGCCGCAUCCGCGGUUGCUCAAGAUGGCGGGGACGAAGGCCAUGUUGACAUGUCACAAUGCUGGAGGGACGGUUGAGACGCACAAGGGGUUCGAGGAGUUGAGUCGACAGACAGAGGAACUUCGUUGUACAUGCAGCACUAUCAGACUUGAUGACAGGCCAACGUACAACGCCCUGUCGUAUGUCUGGGGCAACCGUGAGGCAAAGGCUCAAGUAAUUGUGAACGGCGUUCAAGUUAACAUCAACAAGAGUCUGGCAGGAGCUUUGAGACGUAUCCGCCAUGAUCGAGAGCCAAUUGUUAUCUGGGCAGAUGCUCUUUGUAUCAACCAGAAUGACGAAGACGAGAAGAAGUAUCAGAUCGAUCUCAUGCAUCGCAUCUAUGGCGAGUGCGAGAAUUGUUUGGUCUGGAUGGGAGACAUAGUAGUGAAAGGGGAUAGCAGCGUCGCAGCGGAACUGGCUGCAAGAGCGGCCUUGAACGCUUUGCGCAUCAUCGCAGGGCAGCCGCACGACGAGGAUCUCGGUUGGCCUGGACACAUUACAAUCGAUGAUGGACUGCGAAUGGUGGCAGCGUAUCUGGAUAGUCAGGAAGUCUGUCUGCCUCCGAAAGCCACGGUUCUCUGGGGACCACUCGAGAUCAGCUUCCAAGCAAUCAUGGACGCAGCGAGCCACAUGGUGCAACCAGAUGAGCACCCGCGACGCAACAACAUUGUCGAUCUGUUCCAAGAGGGCACCGCCAUGUACCCAAGGCAUCAUACAAGUCCAUACACGAUACCCGUCUUCAGCAUUGCUCAAGCCAGACUCUGGAACCAGUCCAGAACCGACUCCCUGUAUAGACUAUGGCGAUUCCGAGACAGGAGGUCCACAUAUCCGAAAGACCAACUGUUUGGCAUCUGGGCGCUUCUCGACAAGACAUACUUGCCUGAUAUCAGGCCAACGGAUUACGUCCUCGAUAUUGUGGUCUUAUUCUCAAGACUCAUGGUCAGUUUACUGAGAUCUCGAGAUAAUCUCCAGCCUCUUAUUGGCUGGAGAGGGGAAAGAGAGACGGCCGGUCUGCCUACCUGGGUCCUGGAUUUGGCCCAGCCGGAGGACUCUAAUUGCACCAGCGAUUUCUGGACACAUGAUAUUGCCUGGAGGCAAUUUCAUGCCAGUAGUGGACUACCACGAUUCAAGCCACUAGUCAAGCAAGUAGAAGAUCUCACAUUGCUCACUUUGGACGGCAUUCGCGUUGACAAAGUGGCUACGAUCUUGAUGGACCUGAGGCACACGCGACAGUCCCUUUGGAGACAGGGAUUUGAAGACGCUAUCAAGGACCAAGCCGGUACAGACGAUAUCAUGUAUCAAUAUAACAACCUUAUCCAGGGCAAGUUUGGCGAGAAUCGUGAGCGCGUCACGGACGAGUCUUGGCACGGGGGUCCGUGGUGGGAGGACAGGAUGCUCUGUUACCAAGUUCUUUUCAUCACGCAGGAGAAUCGGCUUGGCCUUGGUUCGCCUAAUUUGAAGCCAGAAGACAAUGUUUGGAUUCUUUCGGGCGGGAACCAUCCCUUCUUACUCCGUCAAGUCUCAAAGAGAAGGGGUAAUGCGGACUUAUGGGAAUUCGUCGGGGAUUGCUUCGUUUACGGCAUCAUGUACGGAGAAGCCUCUUCUGGUGGAUUUCAGCUCUCGUCCGUAACCUUGUGUUGA